AUGAAGAGCACUCUCCUCACCGCGGCCGUGCUCUUGGGCGCGGCCCAGGCCGAAGUUCACAAGCUGAAGCUCAAGAAGGUCCCGCUCGCUGAGCAGCUGAACUCUGUUCCUAUCGAGCACCAGGUCAGGUCUCUGGGCCAGAAGUACAUGGGCGCUCGCCCUGACAACCAUGCCGAUGCCAUGUUCAAUCAGAAGCCCAUCCAGAGCAAUGGCGAGCACCCAGUGCCUGUCAGCAACUUCAUGAACGCUCAGUACUUCUCCGAGAUUACCAUCGGCAAUCCUCCCCAGAACUUCAAGGUUGUCCUGGACACUGGUAGCUCCAACCUGUGGGUUCCCUCCCAACAGUGUGGCAGCAUUGCCUGCUACUUGCACUCCAAGUACGAUUCUUCGGCUUCUUCAACCUACAAGGCCAACGGUUCUUCUUUCGAGAUCCACUACGGCUCUGGUAGCUUGACCGGCUUCGUGUCGCAGGAUGAUGUAACCAUCGGCGACAUCAAGAUUAAGAAGCAGGAUUUCGCCGAAGCCACCAGUGAGCCUGGUCUGGCCUUCGCCUUCGGCCGCUUCGACGGCAUUCUUGGUCUUGGCUACGAUACCAUCUCUGUCAACAAGAUCGUUCCCCCCUUCUACCAGAUGGUUAACCAGAAGGCUAUUGACGAGCCCGUCUUUGCCUUCUACCUUGGAGACACCAACGAUGAGGGAGAUGAGAGUGAGGCCGUCUUUGGCGGUGUUGAUGAUUCUCACUACGAGGGCAAGAUCACUUAUAUCCCUCUUCGCCGUAAGGCCUACUGGGAGGUUGACCUCGACUCCAUCUCUCUCGGUGAUGAGACUGCUGAUCUCGAGGGCCACGGCGCCAUCCUCGACACCGGCACUUCCCUCAACGUCCUCCCCUCUUCUCUUGCUGAGCUUCUCAACAAGGAGAUUGGCGCUAAGAAGGGCUACAACGGCCAGUACUCGGUUGACUGCUCCAAGCGUGACGAGCUUCCCGAUAUCACCUUCACACUUGCCGGCUACCCCUUCAGCAUUUCUGCUUACGAUUACAUCCUGGAGGUUUCUGGCAGCUGCAUCUCCACCUUCCAGGGUAUGGACUUCCCCGAGCCGGUUGGCCCUCUCGUCAUUCUUGGAGAUGCCUUCCUCCGCCGCUGGUACUCUGUUUACGACCUCGGCAAGAACGCCGUCGGUCUGGCCAAGGCCAAGAAAUAA